AUGAAGAAAUGUAUUUCAUCUCCAGUAAAAAAAUUGAUCUUAAAAUCAGUUCAAAAUGGAAACUCGUUUCAUAAAACAGCGCAGCUUUAUGGAGUUGGUAAGUCUGCUGUUGGGCAAAUUAUUAAGAGAUAUGAGCUUACUAGAUCUCCAAAGGAUAAAAAUCAAUCAGGAAGGCUACGCAAAACAACGUGUUAUCAAGAUAAAAAGCUUGUAAUACUAAGCAAAGAAAAUCCCCGUUUGACAGCUGUCGAUUUAAACGUACAAAUAAGACGUUUCUAUGGAAUAAAUUGCAUUAUUUCUACUAUAAAACGUCGUUUACGCCACGUUAAUUUAUUUGGAAGACGCCCAGCUAAAAAAACAUUAGUUUCCUUAAAAAAACGUAACACCCGAAAGGAAUUUGCAUCAGAACAUCUAAAGUGGAGUAGGCAAAAAUGGUCAAAAAUUCUUUUUAGGGACGAAAGUUUAUGCUGUUUGGAUCAAAUGAAAUCAGUUCAUCUUCAACUUCUUGGAACACCUCUACAAAUAAACAAAAUGGGUGAAAUAAAAACUUUGCAGUAG